GCUUCUAGUGCACCCAGUUCGAGCAUAAGUGGCAGCGCAGUGAAAGCAGUCGGUGACAAAAUUACAAGGGCGUGGCUUAAUGGAACCAAAUACUGGUCUUGAGGGACUGGCGCAGGAGAACCAAGUGUGGUUGUGUUUCGUACCAGGUCCUAACGCGAUGGAGGCAAGUAGUGGUCCUGGUUACAGUUUUUCGAACAGGUACAAUGUAUAUGCAUAUCCUUCAUGGCAGUUCAGGGUUCAGGGCUCGAAGAACAACGACCUAUUCUUUGUGAUGAAAGAUAUUACACCAUGCCUCGUCGUUCAAGGAUGCUUCGGUCUUGCGAGUUCAUCGUUCACUGCUUUCCUGUGUCAAAUGAAUGGCACUUCCGUGAUGAGUUUCCAACGCCUUCUGAGGCUUCAGGGCGGCGUCAAGGGAUGUUUCUGCUGUUGUCUUGGACAGGUAAGAAGUCUGUGUCUGGUGUUAUGCUGCUUGUAGACGUCAAUAAAGAGAAUCACCUGAGUAUACACAACGAUA